UCGCACGUAAUCCCUUUCCCUUUUCUUGCCCUUGUGUGAACUCCUCUCUCUUUCUCUCUCGGACGAAAAAGUAGAAGAAAAGAGAGCUUCUCUUCUCGUCUUGUACGUUCUUCCGAACCGCCGCUCUCCCUCGUUCCAAAGAUCUCUCAUUUAUUUUCUUCUUUCUCGCGCGCUUGGGGUCGGAGGAGAGGCAGAUGAAGAAGCCGCCGCCGCUGAUCGUGCCGCUGGUGGCCGCGGCGGUGAUUGUAGCCCACCUGACCGUGUUCUCGGCGGCGGCGGCCGGCGGGGGGUUCCCGGCGAAGCUGACGCUGGAGAGGGCCGUGCCGGCGCGGGGGGUCGCGUUGGAGCACCUCAAGGCUCGGGACCGGGCCCGCCAUGGACGAAUGCUGCUGGGGUCCUCCUCGGCGUCGCCGGCCGCCGUCGCCGGGGUCGUGGAUUUCCCCGUUGAUGGCUCUGCGAAUCCGUUCACCGUAGGGCUUUACUUUACUCGUGUGAAAUUGGGAAACCCUUCAAAAGAAUUCUAUGUUCAGAUUGAUACAGGCAGCGAUAUCUUAUGGGUAACUUGCAGUCCUUGUAAUGGAUGCCCAACUUCCAGUGGGCUCAAUAUCGAACUGGAGUUCUUCGACCCUGAUAAGUCAUCCAGUGCAUCACGGAUCACUUGCUCGGAUGAUAGGUGCACCUCUGCCCUCCAAAGUGGAGAGGCAGUCUGCUCUACUUCCAGUUCUCAGAACUCACUGUGCAGUUACUCUUUUCAGUAUGGUGAUGGAAGUGGCACUUCUGGAUACUAUGUGUCUGACAUGCUAUACUUUGAUACAGUCACUGGGGAUGAGCAGACUGCAAACUCUUCAGCUACCAUUGUUUUCGGAUGUAGCAACUCACAGUCUGGAGAUCUGACCAAGUCAGAUAGGGCUAUUGAUGGCAUUUUUGGGUUUGGACAACAUGAUCUAUCUGUCAUUUCACAGCUCUCCUCUAUAGGUGUGGCUCCCAAAGUCUUCUCUCAUUGCUUGAAAGGGUCAGACAAUGGUGGAGGGAUAUUGGUUCUCGGAGAAAUUGUACAACCGGAGAUUGUCUAUACCCCACUUGUUCAAUCACAGCCUCAUUACAACUUGAAUCUUGAGAGCAUUGCUGUCAAUGGGCAAACUGUACCCAUUGAUUCCUCUGUGUUGACAACAUCAAAUACUCAAGGAACAAUUGUUGAUUCGGGCACCACACUGGCUUAUCUUGCAGAUGAAGCUUAUGAUCCUUUUGUCAAUGCAGUAACUGCUUCCCUGUCAUCAUCAGUACAUUCCUUUGUUUCAAAAGGAAACCAAUGUUUUGUUACAUCUAGCAGUAUUGAUGAAUCAUUUCCUUCUGUUACAUUAAAUUUUAUGGGUGGUGCAUCCAUGUCAUUGAAGCCUCAGGACUAUCUUUUGCAGCAGGGUUCUGUUGACAAUGCUAUUAUAUGGUGUAUUGGUUGGCAAAAAAACCAGGGUCAAGGAAUAACAAUAUUAGGAGAUCUCGUUUUAAAAGACAAGAUAUUUGUUUAUGAUUUAGCAAAUCAGCGGAUAGGGUGGGCAAAUUACGAUUGUUCUCUUUCGGUGAAUGUAACCACGUCUUCUGGUAAGAAUGAGUACCUCAACACGGGUCAGCUGGAUGUUAGUGGCUCACCAGGCGCUGCAUUUUGGAAGCGUCAGCCAACUGACAUUGCAGUAUUCUUUGUAUAUAUUUUUGUUCUUGCCAUCUUAUAUCGAUAGCAGAACAUAACAGAUAGAACACAUGACACCACGACACUGGUGAACGUUACCACGCCUUCUGAUAACCGAACAGAACAUACGGGGACCACGAUUCCAUUCUUUAUUGAUGUAUGUAGCAACUUGUUUUUUCGUCAAUAUUUAUGUCAAUUGCUGGAGCCUUCUUGCUGCAAUUUUUU